AUGGCAACAAAGCCCACUGCCUGGCAGGAGCAGGAUCCUGUUGACUCAUUAGGCAUUUUUCAGGGUGAAGAGCGCCAAAGCUCGCCUGUGCAACAUAGAAAAGCACCCAAGGCAAUGCCUGAGGAAGACAUAGAAACCCUGGAGCCUGAAGCUGAUGUCAAAGCACCACAGAAGAUAAGCACAACAAUCAAAACAGUGGAUGCAAAAGAAAUGAAUCAGGAAUUCACAGGAAUUUUCCAGAACCCAAGAGAAACACAAAAGGUUGACCAUGAAUCGCAACAAGUUUACAAAAAGCCUUUGGGAGAAUUAUUUACCCACAAAGAGCCUGAAGAGCUGAUUGAUCUUGGAGAGGAUGUGUUUCCACCUCCACCUUCUUUCAGUGCCUUAUCAAAGGUAGAAUGCUAUGAUAAAGAAGGCUUCUCUACCCUCGAAGUGGAAGUGGCAGAGUGGAUCAGUGAUGUUGAGUUCAUCUCUGACUCUACAGAUGACUUUACCCUUUUUGAUAGCCAGAAGAGCCAGGAACGUUCAAAACUUCAUCGAUCUCCAGCUGAUCAAGAGGUAGAUACAAUAUCAAGCAAAACAGACAACAACAUGUCUCAAUCCUCACAGAACUCUCACAUUGAUGGUAAAUACCCAGAUAAUGUGAACUCCCCUCCUUUUGUAGAUGAAAGUGAAGAAGAGGAAAUGGAAAUUGAUCUAAUGGCUUCUCAGCAGCAAUGGAAUACUAUUGAUGUGAGCUGCAAGGAUGUCAAGCCUUUACGUUCAGCUAAUCGAGAGCCAUGCUCAGCCGUGCAUUCAGUUACCUCAGUCAGACAUGGGGAGGAGCUGUUGCUACAAAAGCACUGUGGCCUGGCGUCCAAGGGAGUAAACCAGGAAGCUUCACAACAGGUGUUUGAUCAUGCAUCUCCACUUGUGUCGACUGUUUCCAUGGAGCUGUCCAGUUGGGGCGGGGCAAACCCUCAAGGCUGUGUUUGUGUUGUAGCGGAGAUAGAUAGGUGCAGCAGGGUGGGGAAGAGGACAGAGGGAGAAUAUGAGCAAACAGGUGGAGUGGAAGGGAAGAAAGACAGCAGACUAGAAGAGAACAACCCAGUCAGACAGCCACGCAGCAGAGGACUGUUAACAGUCCAAACACAGGAGCUCAAGACUGAGAGAUAUAGCAGUGGUAUCACUCUUGAACAAAGCAGGCAGACCAUAAAGGACAGAAUGGAGAUUGACAUGUUUGACAAUAGCCAGAGUAACACUGGACUAUCAACAGACUUCUCAUCACAAAGCACAUUGGAGGACACCGCCAUCUCAGUCAACUCUCAGGCAGCUUUCUCCCGGGAGACUCCAAUUGAGAGGGAGAUCCGACGCGCAAUAGAGCGUGAACAGAGCCUGCGAAGGUCCAGAGGGCUUCCGAAACCACGUACCGCUCCAGAGUAUGUAGAGAUUCCUUUAAGAAAAACUGUUCUCAGCCAGUCGCUAAUUUCUAAGUCUGAGUGGUCUCAAGACAAAGACAGGGAUUUUGCUGGCAAAAAGAUGCUGCAUGAGAUCCACAAAGAGGCUCGGAGAGAACAGGAUCUCCUCAAGGUUGGAAUGAUUCCAGGUACUUAUGAAAAAGGUACGGUCCACCAAAUAAAAGAGAAGAAAAAGCUUUUUGAGGACUUUCAAACACCUCACAACUCUGCUUACUUGAUCUCAGAAAAAAGUAAGACCCGGUCCUGGUCUUCUGGUAGUAUUAACAGCAGUAGUAGUAGUAGUAGUAGCAGUAGUAAUAGUAAUUCAACCCUGGAGAAUCAAGAGGAUACAACAUCACAAGAAUUGACCCUCGGACACUCAUUUGUGGACAGCAAACACAGCAUAGGCCAGCUGAAUCACACACAGAACCAUGGCUCUUCAAAAGGAGAUCUAAGGGACUCAACUUUCAAAAGACAAGUUUCUUCUGGGGGGAUAGGAGGUCGACUCAUCAUAAUGGAGAGUAACCCCAGCAUUCCAACACAGAUGCACCACCAAGUCAAAGCAGAGACAGGGGCCAUUGCUGCUGUUGAUUCUGAAAGUUCUUACAACUCGUCCUAUCGAGCCAGAGGACACGAUCCACUGACAGCGAGAGAGCAGGAGAAGGAGGAGAACCCCUUUUUCAAGCUACGACCCUCGACCAAUUUAGUUAAAGUGAAGCAGGAUAUUCUUCAGGCUCAAGAGAGGGAGAGGGAGAUUCAGAACCAGAGGAUCAGUCUAUAUGGGGGCGGUGAGGGCACAAGAGCAGAAGGACUGCAGCUAAUCAGCUCGGAAGGAGAUAAUUCAAAGAUAUCUACUUCAAACGAAGGACCGAUUGUCCCUGCUUUAUCUGGAUCAACAUCAAAGGGUGGAAUUGGACCCUCUGCAGAGCGUCAGACUGUCAGCACUUUGUGCACCUGGCCCCCCAACCAGGCUGAAGAGGAGAGGAUUUACCAAACGGAGUUUCUCCAAGGUCCACGGACACCCAGGCAGAAGACCCCUUUAGUGCAGCGAUGGGAGUCAGGCCAGAUCAAGGGCUACAAUCUUGCAGAUGACUGA